CUUGGCUUGCAUUGCCAGUGGAGGGGCCAAGCAGACGAUGGGGGGACGGUCGUCCAAGGUGCGCAAGCUGAAGAAGAAGGAGAUGAAGGAGCUUGCACAGACCACACACUUCUCUGCGGAAGAGCUGCUGGCGCUGUAUGAGCACUUUAAGUACAUCUCGGCAUCAAAAGACAACGAUGGGGUCAUCGAUCUGGAAGAGUGGCUGCAGGCGCUGGAGCUGCGCGACUCUACCUUUUCGAGGCGAAUCUUUCAGGCCUUUGAUGAGGACGCCAAUGGGACGAUCUCGUUCAGAGAGUUUGUUCUCGGCCUCUCGGUCUUCUCACCACGAAGCACCAUUGAGGAGAAGCUGGACCUCUCGUUUAGGAUCUAUGACAUCGACGGUGACGGUCACAUCGACAAGGAGGAGCUGUUCCAGAUUCUGAAAGCCUCACUGCUGGAAAACUACAUGAUGGACCUCUCAGACGACCAAAUGAGGGAACUGGUGGACAACACGUUUGCUGAGACAGACGUCAACGGCGACGGGCUCAUCUCGUUUGAGGAGUAUCGCGACAUGGUCAUCUCGCACCCAGAGAUCCUCUCCAAGUUCUCGCUCAACUCGGACCUCCUUCUCCAGUCCACUCCCGGCCAAGAGUCGACCACGACAUGAGAGCGCUGCAGCCCCGUGUGUUCGACCCCUGUCAGACCUUGGACCUACCUGUCGCCCACCCGCGAGCAUGCCUCGCACACGCCCUCGUCGGCAACCGCAGUGCCGGAACCGAUACUCUUGGUGCGUCGCUGCCUGGCUGCCCCUCCCCAGACGCAGCCCAGCCCGUUCUCCGCAGCCUUCACCUUCUUGAUCUUGCACAAACACCCGACAGGUGACCCA